AUGAACUUGAAGGAGAGACAAUUGAGCAGUUUAUAUCCAGACAGGCGAAAAAAUCCAGGAUCUUAUUGCACGAUUUGGUGGGCGUUUUUGGCUUUUAACAACAAGGACCCAGAGAAUCGAGACCAGGUGAAACAGCUACUGAAGAAGCUGGAUGAGUUGCUCAAACAGAAUGAGUACCAUCACUUCAUUUACCAGAAAACUCAGAUGCGGUUGGUGCUGUUGGGAAGAACAGGUUCAGGUAGUGCCACUGGAAACACCAUCUUGGGUACAAAAUGUUUCCAAUCUAAACUGAGCAUGAACUCAGUGACAAAGCAAUGCCAGAAGGAAUGUGGGGUAGUUGAGGGGCGGAACCUAGCAGUGAUUGACACUCCAGGCUGGUUUGACACAUCCCUACAGCAAAGUGAGAUAAACCAGGAAGUGCUAAGAGGUCUGGCCAUGUGUUCACCUGGACCACAUGCAUUUCUGCUCAUCAUACCAAUCGCUCGCUUCACAGAGGAGCAGCAGCAGACUGUUGAUAUGAUUACAGCAGUAUUCAAGGAGAACAUCAAUCGUCACACAAUCAUCAUCUUUACCCGAGCAGAUGAACUGGAAGGAGAGACAAUUGAGCAGUUUAUAUCCAGACAGGGCGAAAAAAUCCAGGAUCUUAUUGCACGAUUUGGUGGGCGUUUCUUGGCUUUUAACAACAAGGACCCAGAGAAUCGGGACCAGGUGAAACAACUUCUGAAGAAGCUGGAUGAGUUGCUCGAACAGAAUGAGUACCGUCACUUCACCAACCAGGAAACAGAAGCUGUAGAGAAAGCACUAUUAAUGCUGAAAGAGAAAAAUCUAGAAAAAUCAAUUGAGAAGGCCAAGCAGGAAGUAAGGCAGAACGGUGAACGACGCAAGGCUGAAAUCAACAAAGCCCUGGAGAUGGACAAGCAAAAGGUAGAACGGCAAAGGCGUCACACCCAGAGUGAAAUCCUCCGUUUAACCGCAGAAAUAAAUAAGGAAUCUGAAAACCUUUAUGAAAGUCAACACAGGCUGCAGUUACUGCAGAAAUCUCUACAGAGUGCAGAAAACCAACUCACAAAUCUGGAGGAAGAGAAACACAUGAGGAUAAAGGAAAGUGAUUUGGAGAUAAAUAAUGUAAAAAAAUGGAUCAUAGAAAAAGAGCAAAGGAGAGAGCAAGAGGACAGAGAAAAAGCUUCUAAUGAGGAUGAAAGCAAAUAUUAUUUGGAUGAAAAAUAUUUCACUAUUCUGAAGUACCUCAUCUUAGGUCCUAUAAUGGGUGUGGCAACAAAGGUAGCUCCACUGGUGACUGGUCUCUGUUCCAUUCAGUAAACCACAAACAAAUACAUGUAUCUGUCUCAUCCUGUAAGUUUGGACGAAUCUAUAAAGUCACUGUAUUGUAGUCCAGGAUUGUCAAGCAGGCACAGACAAAUGAUGUAGAAUCCAUGUUCUUCUAAAGGGCAAAGUAGUUUUUCAUUUCUUUUGUUUUGUAUGUGAGAGUAAAUCUUGUGCACCUCAUGAUGGACUAAAUGUUAUUUUGCCUGUUCCCUACAGUACAAUGAGUUUAACACCUCUGCUCUAGUCUAUGUGACGGUAAUAUCGCAUAUAUAGAAUCAAUACUCAUAAUAUGUUUUAUUAGUUAUUUUUGCAUGUACUAAUCACAGUCAGUGUACCGCUUGCAUUUUCUACCCUCUAGUACAUGCCUUUUUUUAAAUGCAGCAGUUACUUUACAUUUUAUUCCUAACAUAAAAAAAAUUACAUUAACUAAAAUUGUAAUCCUAUUACUUUAAUGUUAAUAUACUACUACAGUAUAUACUAUGUUAAUAUACUACCAUUAUCAGUACAUAUUUGCAGUAAUCAGAUACAAAAGUGUGUUUCAAUGUUACAAUGUGUUUAUAGACGUGUAAUUUGAAAUAAAAGGCCUUUUUUAUUUUA